AUGAGGUCCGCGGCGGAGAGGAUCCUCCUCGGCGUCGGUUCCAGGCCCCAGAUGCCACCUCGGCCGGCUUCGAGGCGCGAGUCCGACGAGGGAGACGCGUACUUCUCGGACGACUCACCGGUCAUCGCGACGAGCCAGAGGGACAGGGAGAGGCUCGACAAGGCACGGGAGCGCGACCGCGAGCGCGCGCGCAAGGCUGCGGAGAAGGAGGACGAGCGCGCGCGCAAAGCCGUGGAUAAGGCCGCCGCCAAAGCUGACAAGGAAGCCGCGAAGGAGCGCGCCAAGGCUGACAAGGCUGCGGACAAACGCGCGCGCGAACUCUCCAGCGGCAAGCACAGGAUGCGACAGAUCACCUGCGUGUGGGACUCGAGGCUCGGGACGACGGGCAAAGACGUGGGGUACAUGCUGCGUUCCCAGCUGAAGACGGGCGUCAACGACCAGAACAAGGUGUGCGAGUGCCUGAACACGGCGCAGAUGCUGCCGGUGCCUCGUUCGGUGACUUGGCGAUUCCAUCCGCCGUCGGACCAACCGGCGGGCUUCCGGACGUUAUCCGGCUUGACCGCGGACGUGACCGACGGCGUCCCGUACACGAUCGCGUACAUCCCGGGCGACGAGUUCGUGGAGAUGGCGUGGGUGGACCACGUCGCGGCGAGGGACGCGGGGUACAGUAGAGGGGAAUGGGACGCGCCAGAGCCGCCCGGCGGUUUCCGACGCUUCAUCCGCGCCGCCAAGACGUCGCUCGGCCGGGACCACGUCCUCUGCCUCCUCGUCACGAACAUCAACGGCGCGUGCACCACGCGCGAGCGGCGGGACGUUCGCGCGAACCGCGGCGAGGUUGGGUUCUCGAAGGCGCCCGUGGACAUGGAGGUGGCGAGGAUACACGCGAGAAAAUACCACAACGUGCGACUCACGCCGGUGCCGGACGUGUCGACGGCUGUGGAGCACAUCGUCAACAUGCACCGCGCGUGGGCGAUGAAGCCUUACGCCAAGGAAACCACGAUCCUGGGCAUCCUCGGCAGCAACGGCGCCCGAAGCACCGUCGCGGAGCAGGCGGCGCUGGAGGCUGCGUUCGUGGCGGCGAAGAGCGUCGCGCCCGACGGGACCGUGUACGAGAGCCAGGAUCUCGACUCGCAGUUUUCGCAAGACCCCGCCGACGUCCGCGACGCCGCGGGCCACAGGCGGCGGACGAAAACCCCGGCGCAGGUGUGGGCGGCGGCGCUGAUGAAGAUACCGCGGGUGGCGGAGAAGGAGGCGAUGGCGAUCGUCCUCAAGUACCCGACGAUGAUGUCGCUGAUGGAGGCCUGCUGA